AAAUGUUUCCGGUUAGCAAGUCAAAGUUGUCCUCUGACUUCACCUUUGACAUUUAAUAACAUCUUACAACUUUUUCAUUUUGGCUGUCCUUCAUUCUUAAGUAACAUCCUUUGCUACUAGCUCCAACUUUCGUUACUCAGAUCCUUAAAGAUCAUGGAUCACUCAGACAACAUGAGUGAAGUGAAACACCAAAGAAUCAAAACCAACGGCAUAUGGAUGCACGUGGCAGAGAAAGGGACAGGUCCACUAGUUUUACUGCUUCAUGGCUUCCCAGAAAUAUGGUAUGCGUGGCGCCACCAACUCAAUUUCUUGGCCCAGCAUGGCUAUCAUGCGGUUGCACCUGAUCUAAGAGGAUAUGGUGACUCUGAUUCUCCUAUUGACCCCAAUUCCUACACUUUUCACCACCUUGUAGGUGACCUUAUAGGACUGCUUGAUCAUUUUGGUCAACAACAG